AUGCAACCCCCCAAAAGUGGAAACCUCUCAGAGAUGCUUCUGCAGGAGUUUGUGCUGGAGGGAUUUGAUGGUGGUCCGCAGACCCAGGCCCUGCUCUUUGCGGUGUUUCUGGCCCUGUACUUGGUGGCCAUCCUAGGGAACCUCACCAUGAUCGUGGUCAUCACCCUGGAUGCCCGUCUGCACUCCCCGAUGUACUUCUUCCUCAAGAACCUCUCCUUUGUGGACCUGUGCUACUCAUCUGUCAUCAGCCCCAAGGCCCUGGUCAACUUCCUGUCCUCCUCCAAGGUCAUUACCUUUAAGGGAUGUGCCACCCAGUUCUUCUUCUUCUCCAUGAUGGGCACCACUGAGGCAUUCCUUUUGGCUGUGAUGGCCUAUGACCGCUUCGUGGCCAUCUGCAGUCCACUGUGCUACCCCAUCUCCAUGCGCCCCUCGGUCUGUGCCUGCCUGGUGCUGGGCUCCUACUGUGGAGGUUGCUUCAAUUCCAUCCUUCAGACCAGCUUCACAUUCAGCCUCCCAUUCUGCAGUUCCAACCACAUCAACCACUUCUUCUGUGAUGUGAUUCCCCUGCUUCAGCUCACUUGUGCCAAUACAGCCAUCAACAAGCUUGUCAUGUUUGGCAUUUGUGGCCUCAUCAUCGUGGGCACCACACUCGUGGUCCUCACCUCCUAUGGCUACAUCACAGUGACCAUCCUGAGGAUGUGCUCAGGAGGAGGGAGACACAAGCUCUUCUCCACCUGUGGCUCCCACAUGACAGCCGUGUCCCUGUUUUAUGGGACUGUUUUUGUCAUGUAUGCCCAGCCGGGAGCUGUGGCAUCCAUGGAGCAGGGCAAGGUGGUCUCUGUCUUCUACACCCUGAUCAUCCCGAUGCUCAACCCCCUCAUCUACAGCCUGAGAAACAAGGACGUGAAGGAUGCUCUGUGGAGACUGGUCCAAAAGCACAUAGCCACAUGA